AUGAGUUCAAGCCCGAAGACGUCUACGCCGCCACCUCAGGAAGUAGAGGAAGGUUGGAACGAAGUUGUUGAAAAGAAAAAGAUCGACAAGAGACAACCAGCCGCUACUGCGAGCUCACAAGAAAAGAAGAAGUCAGCUCGUAAAAGACCAAAUCGACGUCGCCCUGGUCGAGGUGGUGACAAAAAGGCUGACGCUAAUGCCGACUCAAAGACUUCGAAAGCUGAAGAAGUUGGCACAAAGUCUGAUGAGGUUGACUCUCAAGGCAGUGAAAAGAGCCAACCAGAGCCAGUGAAGGUUAAAGAAACCAUUCUAAUACCAGCUCCACCUCCAACAAAGUCUGCAUGGGGGUCAGCUCCUGCAGUAACGAAAGCUAAUACGCCCUUACCUGUCAAAGCAGCGACGCCGCUGCCGGUAAAGAAAGAAACCCCAGCCGCUGCAAAGGAAAAUAAAACUGCACCAAAGCCGAAUCAGGCGCCGAAAAAGGUUAUUGAACCUAAGAAAGAGGCACCGAAGGAAGCUGCUGCACAGAAAGCUGCGAAACCUGCACCUAAAGUGGAAGCACCAGCUUCAGCUGCCAAGGGCUGGGCAAAGAUUGAAAAAGUUGAUCCUCAAGCGAACUCACCCGAGUGGCCGACAGUCGAAGAAGCUAAAAACGUAAAAAGCGAUGGUGAAGGCGCCAAGCCAGAGCCAAAGCGCGCAGAAAAGCCUCUUGCCGAUAAAACAAAUGCAGAGACAAAAGCUCCUACCGAAAAGAAACCCUCAGAAGAUCGACGAAAGGAUCGCCCAAAGAAAAAUCAAAGACAGUCGAUCGAUGUCACUUCGAACAACUCGAGACCGAGGGGCAAGAAGGAAACUAACGGCGAGAGCAAGGACGCCAAAAGAGGUGCGGAAAACAAGAGAGCUCGACGGCCAAGAAAGGGGCCAAGUAGCAAGCCGAGAGAUCCUAAAAUCGCUGUCGCUCCGUAUGCUGGCGGUUAUGACCCCAACAUGUGGUACAAUCAAGAAGGAUAUCAAGCGGUCGGUGGCUAUCCUCAUUACGAGGGCUACUACCCAGUCUCUACUCCAGAGCCUCCACUCGUAACAGAAGAGGACAUCAAGCUCUCUCUCAUCAAACAGAUUGAAUACUACUUUUCGGACGCAAAUUUGGCUAAAGACUACUGGAUUCGUAAAAAAAUGAACGAGGAUGGCUGCUUGCCCGUAACAACCAUAGCAGACUUCAAGCGUGUUCGCGAACUAACUAACGGCGUGUCGAACCGACUCUCUUUCAUUGAAAGCUCUCUUGUUGGCUCCAAAGAACUCGAGGUCAUCGGAGUUGCCGGCAAGAAAAUGAUUCGCUCUCGACAAGCUCCUACCAAGUGGGUUAUUAACAAAGACGAAAGUACCGUGAAGAAUAUUCCAGACUCGUUGCUUCCUGCUAGUGCAAGCUCUGUCGAAGUUUUAGGACAGCCGAACGAGACAUCCAAAAAAGCAUCGAAGAAAAGCGCAAAGAAUGAAAAAGCGAAUACCCGUUCAGAAGAGAAAGUCAAAAGCCAAUGGAAUAUCAACGCUCAAGAAUUCGUUCCAAAAGCGCCUAUUCCAUCAAGUGGCGCUGCAGAUACUCCCGUUACAGAGACAUUUGACGAAGCUUUAGCAGCUGCCAAAAACCAAGACGCUGACGACGAUAGCGACGUUGAUGAAGGAUGGCUAGUAGCGAAAAAUAAGCGACUCGGCCGGGCAAGUGAAUCGCAAGGCGGAAAGUCCGUGACACCCACUGAAACAAGCCGUCCUACGAACGACUUUGCGAAGCCAAAGCCAGAGCUCGACGAGCUUGACUUCAAAUUCGACCAAGAGGACUCCGACGAGGAUCUCCCUGAAAACAACGACUACAAUAGUGAAAGCGAUGACGAAACCGCUAAUAUCCCCGACGAAGAACUCAGCCAUGUUGUCAUUAUCGCCAAGACACCCCCGCAGAAAGUUCGCAGCGUCAAUGAACGAACCGCUGAUCCCAAGAACCGAAAGAAAUACAAUGCUGAACAAGCGCGUAUUAUUUCGGACGGUAUCUUUAUGAUGGAGCGCGCAAAGUGGGCUAAUCAUCUCAACAAUGAAGACGACCAGAACUCCAAGAUCAAGGAUCUUCCGGCGGAGGAAUUUGACGAGAAAAAACGUCAGAUUGACGGAACAGCUUCACCCUCGCCCUCUACACAGCCUCCUCCGACAGCAGCAAAAGCUGUUACGCCAACUGGCUCCAAAACGCCACGAGCGAUUCCAACAACGCCCAGCAAAAGCAAUACCCAGGCUCCGAGAUGGUACCCUCUGGCAGACAAAGACAAGAAGAAGAAGGAAGCGAAGCCUGGUCUCAAGAAAAAGCUCUCGCAUUUGAACCCGGAAUUCGAAGAAGAAGAAGUCGGAUGGUACUUCGAUAUAAGACCGCAUUUGAAUACAAGAAGUCGCCAGACCUCAAUGUGCGAAGACUUGCCGUCUGAGCUCAAGGGUCAGGAAGCAGACACCAACACGCCUCAGUCGAUCCCUGCCUUUACAAACCCUGACUCUCAUAAUCUACUCAAAGAAAAAGGAUUUAUUCAACAGCCCUACCUCAAGUACCAAUCGAACUGUUUGACCGAGCGCGUGGAACAGGGCGCGGGUGAGUCUAAAGAAAUGAAGACGCUCUUCCGCUUCUGGAGCUUCUUCCUUCGCGACAACUUCAACAAAGGAAUGUAUGAAGAGUUCAGACGCAAUGCCUUAUCAGAUGCCAGAGAAGCCACAACUCCACAUGCUAGAUACGGAAUCGAGAGUCUUUUCCGAUUCUACUCUUAUGGUCUUGAGAAAAAGUUCCGAUUAGAAGUGUACAAACACUUCCAGGCAGACACCCUCGAAGAUUACAAGAACGGCCAACUCUACGGUUUGGAGAAAUUCUGGGCGUUUUUGAGAUACUCGGGGCGCACUGACCAAGGCAUCAAUCCUGAACUUAAAGCUAUCCUCGCCAAAUACAAAAGCAUCGAUGAUUUCCGUGUUCUUCAGUCCAAAGAAAAAUAA